UAACAAAAAAUGUUUAGCUGUGUCUAAUGAAUUCAACAAAUUUGUUAAAACGCUUUACGAGUUGAAUAAAUGCUGUGACCAUAUUAUGCAUGAAAUGCACAAUUGCCACAAGAAUUACACCAGAUUGCCAUAAUCAGUCUUCUAAGUAACUUUCAGAUAUUUCAUCGCUGAGAUGUACACCUGAGGAACAGAUAAGUCUGGUUGAAAACAAAGCCAACAAACUGUCACAAAAUAAAACACUAAUGGCAAUUAUGUCACUUGAAGCAGGGCCCUCAAUCCAUUUUAGGGGAAGCAGGUCGCUGCCCUCAUGAGGGGGAAUUUUCACGACGUUUCCCUUUUUGGGGGAUUUUGUUACUUAUUCUCUCAUUAUAACAUUUGUACAUGUUUGCACUAUAUUCAUUUCUUUUUUCAUAAUUAAGUAUGUUUGACAAGAUUAAAUUGAAAUAGAAUUGAGAUAUUAUAAUCAUGAGACACAUCUUUUUAGAUUUUUUUUAAAAUCAGUGUGAAUUUUUCCCCCCAAAAGGGGAAAAAAGUAUACUUUUCAGGUUGGGGACUGCAGCCGAAAUUCAGCCGCAGAUUUGAUAGAUUGAGGGCCCUGACUUGGUGUAUGCAUGAUUUACUGCAGUUCAUUGAAUGGCAGCUAUUUUGCCAAUAAGAAAUCUUCCUGACUCGAUUCGUGCACAUUACAAUAGCAAAGACAUAAAUGAUGUUCAGAUGGCCCGUGAAGUUUCUAGACAAUAUCAAAGUGUUUUCAGAAAUUCAGAGGAUGGACAAAUUCUGAAGUUUCCAAGUACAAAGAAUGUUCUUUGGGAUCAUGAGACUCUUGGUGAAUCACAGACCCUCCAUAUUUCUGCUUACAGGAGGCCUCGUUUGUGUGUUAGUGAGAAAAUCUUGAGGUUUGGUCAACGGCAUGUCGAUACCUCCACAGAAAAGAACCUGUCCUGUGUUCUGGUUGGAUCACUUGCUAUCGAUGAUGAUGGCAUGGGUGUACAGUUCAAGGUUGAGAGACUGGACACCGCCUGUGAUCCAAACAGUUCCACGCGGCUGGCAGCUGGUGACAUGCUUAUACCAUUCACUGUACAGAAUGGGAGCAAAGAGCGCGGCAGCACUGAGGAAGACUACGUCAAUGCUAUCAAGAUGCUGACACAGCGUUGCAGUUCCAAGGACCCAGUGGACCUGGGUAACUUCCUCCUGGUGAAGGGCUGGUGCAGUUUCUACACCACGGGUGACACCAGUGUCCACCACGUGGAGUUUGAGAUGGUGACCAUGGCAACUGAGGUCAAGGUCACACCUAUCACGCCCGUGCCCAUCGUCCCCACCGCCCUGUCCAAGAACCUGUCUGGUCCGAUGAGCAUCAGCCACAUGCAGGGUACACCAAAAACGGGUUACCUGACUAUGGACCACACCCGCAAACUUCUCCUGGUGCUAGAAUCUGACCCCAAAGUGUCUAAUCUACCUCUUGUCGGCAUAUGGGUGAGUGGUGUGUCGUACGUGUACAGUCCCUACAUUUGGGCCUGCUGCCUCCGAUAUCUACACAACUCACACAUCACUGACAGAGUGUGUUCUCCCCCAGACCCGUUCCUUCUUGUUCUGUACAACCCCACCCACUCGAAGCCAGAGUUCUACGAAUGCUGCACUGCCAAGGGUGACAACAAGCUCACUUUUGAUCUCUGUGUAGGCUACGAUGCACUGCAAAUUAACAAGAUGAGUGCUGGCAGCACAGACAUUCUGGAACUGGACUUGAAGUCGGUCACUGAGGGACAGAAGCAAGAGCAGUUCAUGUCUGCAUUAGCUCAUGUGGCAAGCAGUUCCCAGAAUGAGAGUAGGAGAUCCUUGUCCCCAGACCCCGUAUCCAGUGAUGAUAUUACUCCGCGCCUUAAACCAGCACCUUACAAGUCACGGCUUCCAAUGGUGCAGUCAAUGGUCCCUGAGGUCACUCUGUUCUUUGGAGACGAGGACACCACUUUUGUGCCAAACGUUCAACACCCGUUAUCAAGACCAGGUUUUCCUGGGCCUGAAAUGAAACGACCACCUGUGGCCACUUCGACCCCACAUCAGUCGUCAGGUGGGCCUGUUCCAAGCAGUUCUGUACCAGCUCUUCAAAAAAAUACAGCUGGGAAUCGCCCUGCUCAGGUUCCCACAUCAGCUAACGAUUACAUGAACUUUAACAAUCCAAAUUCUGUUGCCCAUGCCAUGAACAGGAAUGUGGGGCCACAAACUAAUGCCAUGAGACCAGAUUUGCCCCCAGUCAGCCAGAACAUCAAUGGAAGCAGUGUUGCAGCCUCCAGCUCCGCAGUGCACCCUCAUCAUUCCGCCUACCCCGCACAUGCAGGUCACCCGCCCGCUGGAGGCCCAGUAAGGCUGUAUUGUACCUGCCCUAGUUGUCCAAGACCUCCACCAACAUCGCAGAUGUACGGCCAUCCCAGUAAUGGAUCCAACUUUGACCCCAGCAGACCGUCGGGUCCAGGUCCCUAUCCGUACCCUAGACCCCAGUUUUCCAAUUUUGGCCCACCACCUCCAAGAUUGCUUGGUACGGCUCACUUUAAUGGAUACCCUGGACCAACCCCUGGCUCCCAAUCAGGCAUGUCGGCUCCAGCAUGCGCACCAGUCCCCGUCCACCAUUCCUACCCACCGGCAGCUCACGAGUACCAACAUCCUGCUUCGAUGCCAUAUAGUUCUGCUCAACCCAUGACAUUCCCCAGUUCUCAAGCUCAACUGACAUUACAAGGUGCUCCUAAUGUUAUGCAAGAAGGUUCUCAGCAGCGUGCUAAAAUGCAAUCAGAAAAUCCCCGAAUGAUGCCCACAAUUCCAAAUGCCAGUAACAUACAUACAAACUCCGCUACCCCAAGACCUUUGAUACAGCAGUCAUAUGCUGCGCAGUCGUCAGGACCAAUGCUGUAUUCAUCCACUGCACCUGCCCCUCAGGCCAGUCUGGGACUACCAUCUAGAGUGGACGACAGAAAAGUCCCACCUCAAGUCUCGAGUCAGAGUGGGGAAGAUGUGUCAGUGAACGGAAGCGGUGAGAUUCGCAGAUCCGAUCAAAGCUCAGACAACAGUGGUCGGUCUAGUGAUGACAGUGGGCUUAGCUUCACCCCAGAGAAAAACAAUUCCCCAGCUAACCCUGGUCCUCUGAAGUCUUAUCAAGCAGAGUCAUCUAAUGGCGAACUUAAAUUGUCUCUUUCUUCUGUAAAGUGGGAAAAUAUUCCACCAGAGAUUUAUCAGUUGCUGUUGAGACAAGAACAGCAGUUGAAGCAGUUGCAAGCUCAAAUAGAAGUGCUUCAGUCCCAAUCCUUGAACAACACAACUGUUGAAAGUGCCAUGAACUCUAAUCAGUUGAGUCCGCAGUCUGUCCAGAAAUGCUCAGCAGGCACCAACACCUCCCUGGCAUACAACGAACUGAAAGAACAAGUCUCGGCUUGCAUGCAAACCAGUCAUCAACAAGAGCAGAGUGAUCGAGCCAUUUCAAGCCAGACAGAGAAUCGGAAACACGGUAAUGGAAAUGCAAAUGCCAAUAACAGAGAUGUCUCGUCGAAUUCAAGCGGAAGUGGGUGUGAAACGCGGACCCCGUUAGAGAUCCGACAUCGCGGCCGCCUGCCUAUGAACAGCACACAGAGGGAGGAUGCGGGAGAGCUGGACAUAUCCCAGGGGGAGCUGGUGGCCUUGAUGAACAACAUGCAUGACAAGACCAUAGACAGCAUGCAGUCAGAGAUGAUUGUGGACCUGCCGAGUUUCCAGUCUUCACCCUCUAGGUCACCCCGAAGCCAGGAGUCGUGUAACGAGUCUGCGUUCAACCUGUCGCCGAGGUCCCCAAUAUCUGCGAGCAUGUGUGAUGCGCAGCGAGAAACCAGCGAGACAGAGGAGUAUACGGAUGAGGAGGAGGAAGACAACACUGCAGGGACUGAUAAUCCAGAGUACUACAACAGACUGAUGGACAACAUCAAAAAGUUGCUGAGCCAGAACACAACAGAGACAACCCUGGAGAGAGACGGGUACGUGGGCGACAUUUCCUCCGAUCCCAACACGCCUGUCAAGUUGGCACAUGAGAACAUCAAACUGGGGGAACAUCUACAGUCAUUCCUGAGGUUUGACGCCAGCAGUACUAAGGCUCCCACUGACAUGACCUUCAUUCCGAAGAUCAACUACGUGUCCAUGUUCCUCGACUCAUCCGACACAGACACCUCCAUGGAGAUUAACGCCAUGGCGAUGAAAUACCUGAAAGACGAACAGCUCACUCAACUCACGAAACUGCAGGCGAAGAAUCGACUGCUUCAGGGCUCCAAAAAGGCAUCAGAGAAGACGGCCUUACUUCAGAGGAUUCUCAAGGCAGAAGAGGAGAGUACGCCAAAUGUAACCACCGUGGGAAUGUCCGACAAUAAUUUGACUUUUGCUACCAAGCGUUACCUAGAACGACACGGUCUAUUGAAUGACAGGACCUCUGGUAACACUACAGCCAGUGAGAGCACGCAGAACGACAGCUACCAACUGAGAACUAACUACAGCACCAUGACAUCUGGCUCAGAAGAUGGAGUCGCGCAGGUCACUCAUGAAGUUUUGAGCACACCAGCUAGUCGUAGAACAAAUCAGGCCGAUACUUUGACCCCAAAUUCUGCUCAAGCGUCCAGUAGUCCGUAUGAGAAUAGGAACAACAAUGCGGGUCAAGACUCCUCUAGGAAUACGUACAACGACUCGCGUCAAAGUGUCGAAAGUGGCUACACGCGGACUCCCAAACCAUACCAUGCCAUGUCGCGAGUGGAUGAACACCAGCGUUUCUUACAGAAUAAUAGCAACGCUAACAAAGUUACAGAUCAACAAAACUUUACCCCUUACUCGCAGAAUAAUAGUAACACUAACAAAGUUACAGAUCAACAAAACUAUACCCCUUACUCACAAAAACCUUCACCGUAUCUGCAGAGCACUAGGCCAGACUUUGGGAACGGCAUGGGAAAGUAUGCCAGUCCCCAGAUAACUCCGGCUCCAAAUCAGAACAAGUUUUCUCCCCCUUCUGGGGCAAAGAUGCAGCCGAAAAACAUGCAGAAUCAGUCUGAAAUGCCUGGGGUACCGAGCUAUUACAGUACACGUCAGCAUCGUGAGGAGACGAAUGAAGAUGAUAGAAUAUUAGAUAUUACACGCCUUAAACAAUUACCAAAAUUGCUUUAAAAUGUGGCUUUCUUUAGUUAGAUGAUUUUUUUUUGCGCUAAAUGAUAUAUUUAAAAAAUCGUUAUAAUUCAAAUAGCAUUGUGCUUUGAAGCUGCAUUUAGCGUUUCUAAAAUUUCAUGUCUUGUUUUUUAUGAGGCAGUUUGCAUAAAGUUAAUAUUGCUUCUAUGUCUGCAUAUUUAGUUGUCACAUAGGGACAUAGUGCUUGAUAUAUUUGCCAAAAAUUUCCAACGAAGUAUUUUGCUAUCAUUGCAUUCUCCAGUUUAUUUAUGAAUUAUACCGAAGCAUCGGUUAAAAAAUAGAUUGUUGAUUGCCAUAUUUAUCCUAUAGAAUAACAUUUUGUAGGAUUCAAAUACCAGUAGCAUAUUUUUAUGCAUACAUUUGUUUUAAGUAUUACCUCAAAGAAAUAACCUUUAUUCUGCCGAUUCGUUUAUUUGUACAGGUCUGUUUUACAAAGGGCUGUGAUAUCUUGUAUUCUAUUGUCUCAUUUUUACAUAUAUACAAAGGAUAUUUAUGUUUAUACUCCUAGUUUUACAUUUUAUUUUAUCUCUUUGUUUGAUUUUAAUUGUUCUUUGAUGCCCAAGGCAUUACCGUCCACUUGUAAUAAGUAUGGUCCAUCAAAUGUUCAGGAGGAAUUUUUGCAUGAUAUUUUGCAGAGCUAUCUGUCUCAUGUGUUCCAAGCUGAACCAGUUUAGUUUUUAAAUUUGAAUAUAAUUAUAGUUUAAUGGAGUUAGUAAAUUAAUUCAUUGCAAGGUGUCUUCUAGAAAGCAUAGGUUUUUAGUAGGUGAAAUACUUAGGCAAAAGUUAUAAAAUCAUACAUAAAGUUCAUUUAAACAAGCAUGUUCCCAAUAAAUUACAUAUUUCUACUACAUUAUUAAUCAGUAAUUUUUGUAUGUGGAAAUUAUGUUAUGUAAGUUUUUUAUAUGGGCCAUGCUCUGUGAAAAGAGGGUUUAAUGCAUGUGCGACAAGUGUCGUCCAGGAUAAGGCAAGGUUAAUCAGGGACGACACUUUCCGCGUUUACAUUUUUGUUUCAAGAAAGUUAAUUGCUAGCUAAAAUCAAGUUUAGACGGAAAGUGUUGUUCCUUAUUAGCCUCGGACGACACUUUAUGCACUUGCAUUAAACAUUCUUUUAACAGAGUGCAGCCCAAAUCAUUUUGCAAGUAACACUUUUAGCUUUAUUCAUGAAGAACUCAUUGAACAUUUUUACUGAUAUCUGAAAAUAUGGUAGCUUCAGAAGUUGAACAAGAAUAUCUUCAGAAAUUGUAAAAUGAGUUAUAUUGUUUUUUAAUGUAAAUGUUUUAGUAUUUGUAAAAAAAAUCUUGAUUGUAUGUAGAUGCUUAUUUACUUCUGCUUAAGAUCAAUUUUAUGAGCAUAUACAUAUACUGUAUAAGUUUACAAUCAAGAAGACAAUUAUUGUGUAAGUUUAAAAUGAUAAAUAUAAUUGAGUAUUUCAAGGAAGACAUGUUUUGUAUCAAUGAUCCUAGAUAAUUCUAAUGUAUAUUAGAUUUACGUUUGUUUAGUUCUUAUAGUCAUUUAGAAAGAAAAGAAGCAUUUAGUCUGUUGUAGCGACAUUCAUCUGAGAAUGUGUUCUUAAGUUACAACCUUAUUGAAUUAUAGUAUAAUUAGUAAUUUUAGUGCUAACAAUAAUAUUUGCAUUGUCUGGCUCUUAUCAUAAUUGUUGCUAGAUACUCAGUAGUUGAAUUGCAUUUUGAAAUUUCACAUUCAACAAACAAAUACAAAAACAGAAUGAAGAUAAAUGUGUUCAUGAAUGAAACUACCCAUCUGAAAAGAAACACAACUAUUUGAAAGUAUACUGUAUUAUAAUUUCAAAAUAUUUAUAUUUGUGCUGUUUUGUGUUCAGUCAAGUAUGAUGGUACUAGAAGUCAUUAGAAAUUUUAUGUUUACUGUAAAACUGGAAGUUGAGCUCAUUUUGUAACGCAAAAAUUUGCUCCUGAAUUUGUUCAUAUAUGAGACGCACUGUGGGCUUACUGCAUGAUCUAACAUGUCCAUAAAAGCAGAAAGUGUCAUAACUGAUUUUCCAGUUCAAACUGCACAUGCUUAACUGAGACGAAACUUUGCGCACAUGCAUUAAGCCCCAUAGAUACAAAGUGCUGUCAAUAGGUGGAGUUCUUUGGCUGAACUUUUAUUCUUACACUGUUCUGUUGAUUGUUCACAUGUACAUAGUAUUUUAUUUAUAAAUUAUUUGAAUAAAAUAUUUAUUUUUAACUAUA